AAAAGUGGUUUGUCAGAGGAAAUUUGUUGGGUUAAGAUGAGUUGUGUCGAUUAUCCUUUUUUGCUGUCGUCAAAGGAUGAUUUUACGAAUGGAGAUCGGACAAAUUCGUCGUCGAUUAUUUUUGAAGGAAUUCUUGAAAAAUCCAAACGGACAAAUGAUUUAUUAUUUCGUUUUUCGUUAGCAAAAUCUAAGAUUAGCUCGAAUAUUUCUUCAGUGAAUGAUGAAAAAAUGUGGAUUUUCGCUAUCUAUUUCGAUAAAGGCAAUAUUAAAAAUGCACCAAAAAGUUCCGUUAUUUAUUUAGCGGCUGCUUCUGAAACGGAAAUGAACCAAUGGGUGGCGCAUUUGUGUAGUGCUUGCAAUCUAGAAAAGCAAGAUGAUGAUUACUGUGGUGGGAUACAAAAUCUAAUAUAUUCAAGACAAGGGAGCUCAAAUUUUUCUAUUUCCUCGAACAGUUCACUUAAUGAAUCAACAAUGAGUCUAUUGAAAAAUAAGGAUUAUACGCAUUUGAAAUACUGCAGUAGCCAUCCUUCACUAUCGAAUAGUGGAGGGGUUGCUUCAGAAAACCCAGAAGAUCAUGCAUAUAUUCAUCUCAAAGAUUGUCCUCCAUCUUCAUAUACUGGAAUGCCAGUAAUAAUGAAUAUGCUACCAAAUCAGCGAUUCAACCAAGGAAAUUUGUUUGCGUACGGAUCUAGUUGCUCCAGCUCAACUACUUCUUCGGUUGAUAAUUUACCAGAUUAUUUUAUUCCUCCUCCAAGACCACCAAAGCAUAAAUCAGUCGUCAAUACUAUUAAUUCUGUUAUUUCACUCACUUCCAAAGAUUCAACUCAGAUUUACUCUAAUGAAACACCAGACCUUGAUAACUUGCUGAUUGCUCCAAGUAUAAAUGAAACUGACAUCUCUGAAGAAAACUGGAGUGGCGAGACCAUCACCUCACAGAAUCAAAAUUAUCCCAGUGAAGCAAUGAGUAUUUGUGGUGGGCACCAUGUUGUUUUAAAAGUAAAUCCACCAAAGGUUGAUCGGUCCUGCAAACCUCGAAAAAAUUUGAAAAAGGGUGAUAUUUUGAAUAAUCCUGAUAUCACUCUUGGUGCAUUUUCACAUCACGUCCAAAACGCGAAUUGCCAGUCCAAUUUGUCUUCGAACGUUGCAAAUGCAUCAUUUGAUUCACCAUGGGUUCAUAGAAUUGUGACAGUCAAUAAUAAUUAUGAUAACAUAAAUUCCUGUGAAAGAGCAAAGUUAGAAUAUUUCGUUUUUCCAAAUACGGGGCGUUUGCUGACAAAUAAAGCACAAAAGCUAAGAAAACCAUUCGAGUUCAGUAUGAAUAAAUCUACAAUCAACUACGCAAUUAUUGAUGCACACACGACUAAGGUUAAAUCUGCUUAUUGA